AUGCACUACUUAUUUCGUAACACGAGAAAUUUUGAGCAUGAUUACAAACGACAUUUGGAGAUUUACUUUGAAUUUUAUGAGGAAAAAUAUUUUACGUUUUUUCUUAAAAAUAUUAAAAAGACAUACGCAGAAAAUAUGUCAUCAAAUCAAAACCGACAAUUUUUUACUUCAAUAAUUAAUAUGGAUCGGUUACUUGGAACACAACAUUCAAGAAGCGUUAAUCAAAGAAGGAGAAGAAGGGUGAAUCGACUUGGAUUAAAUACAUAUCAAAUACGUAAUGUUCUCACAAAUAAUCGAGACACGCUUGAUCGUAUCGUUAACCUUUCUACACAAACUUCAAGUGAUCUAUUGAUUAAUCAAUUUUACAAUGGGUCUUCGUUCAUUUAA